GUUACGUUUUUCGGUUUAUUAGCAAUCAAUAAUUUCAGAUUUUAUCGAAACCCGUCGCUCGAUUCCGCCGCAAAAUGACCGACGUCAUUGCCCAGAGCCCCCCGGAAGCCGAAACCAAUGGGGAGAAACCCGAUCAAACCCUGUCCGGGCCGAUUGUCGGCAUUAUCUAUCCUCCACCGGAGGUUCGCAAUAUUGUCGACAAAACGGCCAGUUUCGUGGCACGAAACGGACCGGAGUUUGCGAGCCGUAUCCGGCAGAAUGAGUUGGGCAAUCCGAAGUUUAAUUUUUUGAGUCCGGGUGAUCCGUACCAUGCGUACUACCAGCACAAGGUGCAGGAGAUCCGGGAUGGGCGAAACGAUGUCAGCUUGGCAGUCGUUCCGGCCGGAAUUCAGCAGCUGAAGAGCGCGGCCAGUGUGGCGGCCCAGCAGAAGCAACAGGAACUGCUGAAGGCCGUGCGAGAAGAGCAGUUCGUUCCGAAGGACCCGCCACCGGAGUUUGAGUUUAUUGCUGAUCCCCCGUCGAUUUCGGCACUGGACUUGGACAUCGUUAAGCUGACGGCACAGUUUGUCGCCCGAAAUGGGCGAUUGUUCCUGACCAAUCUGAUGAACCGGGAGCAGAGAAACUAUCAGUUUGAUUUCCUGCGGCCACAGCAUUCACUGUUUCAGUACUUUACAAAGUUGUUGGAGCAAUAUACGAAGAUUUUGGUUCCGCCGAAGGAUUUGAUGAACAAACUGAAGAUUGAGAGCGCCCCCGGGCGGAGCAGUAUGAAUGUGGUGCUGGAGCAGGUCAAGUAUCGGGCUAACUGGAACAAACAUCAGGAGAUGCAGAGAAGAAGGGAGGAGGAGAAGGUGGAGAGGGAACGGAUUGCAUAUGCUCAGAUCGAUUGGCAUGAUUUUGUGGUGGUGGAGGUGGUAGAUUAUCAGCCGUACGAGAGUGGCAAUUUUCCGCCGCCGACGACUCCGGAUGAGGUGGGAGCUCGAGUGCUGAUGGAGGAGCGAUUGAACGAGGAGGAUCACGACAUUGAGAUGCAGAUCGAGUCAUCCGAGGAAAGUGACGAUGAUCGUCCAGUGGGCAAUGUGGGCAUUAAGCUGUCCAAGAUGGAGAAUCGCGUGGGACAAGGAUCACGCAAGGAUAACAACCAAAUUCAGGACAUGGACGAAUCGUCCUCUUCCAGCGACGAGGAUGAACCGGAACGUCCAGGACGAGGCAAAGUCACAUCGGCUGCUCCUCAGCCGCCACCGAUUGCUCCGCCAACCCACGACAAGGUCAUUGUCAAAAAGUACGAUCCAAAACAGGCCCAAAAGGUGCAGAAACCUCCGGUUUCAACCGGGGACGAUUAUCUUAUUUCGCCGAUCACUGGAGAAAAAAUUCCGGCUUCCAAGGUUGCCGAACACAUGCGUAUUGGAUUGCUGGAUCCUCGCUGGGUCGAACAGCGUGAUAAGCAUAUCGAAAAGGUCGCUCAGGAAAAUGUUUACGCUCCGGGUGCGGCCAUCGAGGCUAGUCUUAAGCAGCUGGCCGAACGUCGUACCGAUAUUUUCGGUGUCGGUGACGAGGAAGCUGCCAUCGGUAAGAAACUGGGAGAGGAGGAAACCAAGAAGGACGACCGCGUAACAUGGGACGGUCAUACUUCCAGUGUGGAAGCGGCUACUCGUGCGGCCCGGGCCAACAUAACUCUGGAGGCUCAGAUUCAUCAGAUUCACAAGAGCAAGGGACUCAUCACGGAUGAAGAGAAGGAAAAGAUUGGACCGAAACCGAUCCCCGGAACGGUGGCCGUUGCCCCGCCGAAACCAUCGGCUCCGCAACCUCCGACGCAAGCCACUGCUUCCCAACAGAUGUCACAACCGCCGAAGCCGAUCCAAGUCCCGCAGCAUGCACCGCAUCAUCAGGCCGUACAAGCCCCCCCUCCGCCACCGGUACCGAUGAUGAUGCAGAUGGGUAUGCCGAUGAGACCACCCCCGAUGAUGCCUCCACCGUUCCAGGUGGGCUUCGGAGUUCCUUCGAUGCCACCGCACGGCGUCCCGACGAUGCCUCCGGCUCCCAAUAUGCAGGAUGGUCCCGAGCAGGAUGAACCUCUGAACAAGAAAUCGCGCACAGAAGACCACCUCAUCGAGGAAAGUGUGUUCAUGCAGCGGCACAAGGGCCCUGUCACGAUCCAGGUCCAGUGUCCGAAUCUUACCGAGAAGAGCGAGUGGAAGCUGAACGGGCAGACCAUUGCGAUGCAGCUGCAGCUGACCGACGCGGUCAGCGUGCUGAAGGGCAAGCUGCAGUCCGAAACCGGAAUGCCACCGGCCAAGCAGAAGAUCUUCUACGAGGGCAUGUUCUUCAAGGACAGCAACACCGUUGCGUACUACAAUCUGCUGAGCGGUGCCACGGUCCAUCUGCAGCUGAAGGAACGUGGAGGCCGCAAAAAGUAAUCACCCUCAUUCUUCACCUCGCUCAGGUAAGGACAGAAUAAUGCUUCAAAUUACAACUGACAUCGUGGCAUUUUGUUUCCUCGGAAAAGGGUGGCAGCCCUGCAGUAGCAAAAUGUAACAUUUUAUUAUCGUUCUAUACAUAUAAAAAUCCAACGUAAUAUCUAUAACAAAGUAAUAAACUACUACUACUAUUAGCGUAUUGCGCCAAGCUCGUAA